AGUACACACACACACACUGGAGCGGCUACCUUUGCAACUGCUCUCAACCUCCAUCCAUCCAUCGACGCAUAUCAAGAGCUCACAAGGUCACCACCGCAGUCCUGAAACACAGUCUUUUCGAGCUACUGUUCCCAACCCCUCUCUGUGGAGGUCCACUGCGAGAUCCCCCCAACCACACUUAGCUCAUAAGCAUGCCCCCCAACACCUCAACACAGCGUCCUCCUCCCCCCCCCUCCUCCUCAUCCCGGCCAGAUCGCACAAGCAUAGAUUCCUCCUCGCAUUCCCACAACUCUUCAGAGGGAAGCAUCGCCUCCUUUGCCUCCUCUACCGGGUCUCGCUCCACAAACCCUUUUGGCUCACACAGCGAGCCGCCCCCUGAGGAAAUGGCAGACGAUGGUGCUUCGGCCUUUUCGGCGCAUACACUCAGGACUAUCCGGAAUGGGGCUGGAUCGGAUGAGGAAGAGGAUGAGGAUGGAGAGCAUAGGGUGAUUCAUAUCAGGCCGAGUGAUGGAGGGGAGAGUGGUCUGGGAGGGUACGCAGAGCAGACCAAGCUCACUAGCAUCGAGAGGAGGAGGACAAUCGUCAGGGCACUUGCUAAGCUGGCCAUACUCUUUGUCGUGUGCGCGGGUGUGGCGGGUGGAACACUUUGGCUUGCUUUGCCCGACAUCGAUGAUGAGGACAAGGCCAAUUUCCAUAUCCCAAAGAAUUUCGAUCAGCUCAAGGCACUCAAUGCCAUCUUGCAGCGGUACAAGGACGAGAACUUUGGGAGAGUGAUGCUCUGCUGGAUCAUUGUAUACAUGUUUCUCCAAGCCUUCUCCAUCCCCGGCUCAAUGUACAUGUCCAUCCUCGCCGGAGCCAUGUGGGGCGUCCCUCUGGCUCUCCCCAUCGUAUGCGCAUCAGUGGCAACGGGAGCCACGAUUUGCUACCUCAUUUCCAAGUUCCUUGGGCAGGUAUUGCUGGCUGUUCCAUCUUGGAAAGCCAGAGUAGACGGCUGGAAGGCAGUACUAGAUCGUCAAAGUGGUGACAUGCUGUCGUACAUGAUUGUCAUCAGGAUGAUGCCUUUGCCUCCACACAACAUUGUGAAUAUUCUCGCGCCUCAUCUCGGCAUCAAGCUCCCCCUCUUCUGGCUCUCCACCUUCCUCGGCAUCUUCGCCGUCUCCGUCAUUCACACUACCAUCGGCGAGAAGCUCGACGAGAUGACCUCCCCCGCCGACUUCAAGCUCUUUACCUUCCGCAACGCCCUACUUCUCGGAGGCGUCUCCAUUGCCGUCCUCGUCCCCGUCGUUCUGAAGCGGAGGAGCGGUGCUGAGCCUCUGGAAGAAGCCACGCCUGGUGCGGGUCGUGUGCGACUGGAGGGAGAAGAGGGUCCUCUGCGCUCUGGCUCGAGAUCGCUCAUGGGCCGUAGGAGGCUCGAAGACGAUGGUGACGACGAAGACGAUGACGAGCUUCCUCCCGUGAGGAUGCGCGGUGCGAUUGCUGGCUUCUCUUCUCGCAGCAGCAAGAGGAGUGGGGCCGAUCAGGAGGCCCCCUUUGAAGACGACGCAGACAGCGAUGGUCGGCCCGGGUCGCGGGGCUCGAUGGACGGCGCAGAUACCGACGAGGAGUCUCUUCCGGGCUUUGACGAUCGUAGAGAGCAAGGGCCUGGAGCACGCAGGAGCAGAACCGCUAGCGGGACUUACUCUCGCGGUCACUCUGGGAGCUUUGGAUCCUCCAAAGCUGGAAGGGUCCUCGGCCUUGCUGGACCGGGCAACAUUCAUCCGCGAUCCCACACACAUUCGCACGCUAAUGGCGGAGCGUCCAUCACCGACUCUCUUUCUGGGCUUUGGACAAAGGUUACUGGGAGGGAUUGAGCCGGGCUCAUCCCUUGUAGCGUCCACUCGUUCGGCUCGCUACGUCCCUCAGCAGUACGGCUUGAUGGUCCCUUACACUACACACUACAUACAACCUGAUCCCACUUCCGCCUCUUUCCCAAGUAAUCAUCUGUUCCACCUCCUAUGUAGCAUUCCACUCUCCUGAACAUUACCUGGCUUCCUUUAGCACCACUACACCCGUAGCCCACAUCUCCUUCAAGUCAGCUUCUCUCUCGUCAUGUUCCAUUCGAAUCACGGUCCUUUGUCUCUCUCGCCCCGCCACUCCACUCCUGAAGGGGGGG